GGGCUGGACGGGGAAAUCGCCGCACGCUCCGCACAGCUGCAAGCGCUGCAGCAGAGCUGCCGGCACAUGGAGGCGGAGCUGAAGGACCUGAACAGCUCCAUGACAACCCCUGAGAUCGCCAGAGAGAUCGAGGCGCUGAGGAAGGACUGUGCCAGUUGCACGGAGAAACUGGAGAGGAUUAAGUCUGCUACCAACCACGUAACUCCAGAGGAAAAAGAGAAGGUGUGCCGGGAGCAGCAGCUGUACCGCCGGGAGUGGCGCCGGAGGAAGCGGAUGGCCACAGAGCUGCUGGAUGCCAUCCUGGAGGGGUAUCCCAAGAGCAAGAAGCAAUUCUUUGAGGAGGUUGGGAUAGAGACGGAUGAGGACCAUGGUGUCGUGCUGCCAGCGACUGUGUGAGGUGCUGGGAGAGCCUUUGUUCUGGAGAGAAGCUGCUAUGGAGCUGCCUCUGAAACUUGGCUGUUGGGUUCUUCUUUUUCUCAUUUUGCAGGACUGGGGCUUGUCCUGUGUAUUUAUUUGUUUUUGUUUUAAAAUGUUUUUCAGUUGGAAGGGUGGUGGGUGGGAGGAAUUUGGCACUGGCCCUCUCCUUGCAGUGGAUGUCGUUUUUUCGUGCCCCCAGUAAAUGGAGCUGCCUGGCUGAGGUUUGAUGUGACUGAGGGGACAUGUGGGGGCCCUGGUGCUGUGUCUCUGGUGUUCUGGUAAGGAAAGGGGCUGCAGAGCUCUGUAUGUGUUCCAGCUGCUGAGUGGUCAUAUGAGAGUAUGAUCCAUUAAACAGCAGGAUUUUGGUUCAGCUGCA